CACUUCAAUGCUCUUAAAAUGGUUGUCUCAAACUGGUACGAUGAAAACAGAUGUCUUAGUAUGUUGAAAGUGUUGUUCAGAGAAAAGGUGGACAAUGUGAAACUAGCAGAAAUAAAUAAUACGAUAGACUUGCUGAAUGAAUUGGUUGUACAUGGUAAGCUGAGUGCAGAGGAUCCUACUCUACUGUAUGACACCAUCAGAAUAACUGGACAUUUUGCUCUUCAAAAGAAGAUCCAGGAAACACUGCCAUCAUUCCCGGAUGUUAAAGAAGGAACCAUUUCAACAAGUUUCACAGCACACAGACAAAAACUAAUGAAAUUGGGGAAGACUUUGACUACAGUUAACGUGGCGCAGAUCGACGGAUUGUAUAAUACACCUCGUAAGAUGUAUACCGACAGUUGGAGUAUGAUCACUAAUCUAGAAGACAGACGUAAAAUCAACGAAGGAAAUAUGACGGAUUUCAUUAAUUCUUUGUCACUGCUUGAGCUUCCUCUGGCAUUGACCGCAUUGACAGAAGAGCUUAAAUUCACGCAUCGGAUUGAAGUAGAAUUUGAUCAACAAGGAAUAUCAGAACCACACCCAAGUGUCUGCAUGGAGAACUAUCAGUGGACGGCUUCAUUCAACUGCUAGAUGUCGUGUCGUCGUGGUGGGAACGACACGGAAGCGUUAAUUAUGCUGAACUGUAUUCCAGUAACCACGUCACAUGAGCUGAAAAAACCAAUCAUAAUCUUUCGAUUGCUCUUGGGUAAUGGACUUACUAGUCACACAAACAUUGAUGUUCUUGCCGGUGACAAAACUGGCUUGUCACCGGCGCUGGAGUCUAAUAUUGGAACUAGAAAACAGAAAAAUACUAACUGUACACACAAAAGAAAAAUGUAUUAAUGCUUAUGGAACGUGAAAUAAUAGUCGAAGCUGAAACACUUAACACGUUCUAAAUUGGUGUAAAUAUUUUUUUUUAAUCCAAAUAAUUAUAUAUAUUGAACUCAACUUUUACAUUUGGAAUUUGAGAAAAUAAUUUAUACCAAUAGCUUAUCUUCAUUCCAAAUAAGUUUGUUUUAAGGCAAUUCUAAAAGAUAUGUACACCCAUAUACCAUGAUUCUGGUAUUGCACCAUCCCGCUUGUGUAAUGAUAUUGAAAUGGUUUUGACCAGCAUGGUGCCCGAAAUAUGCCCACUCACAUUUAAAGUUACUCUGUAAUGAAUGGCUUAUUGAAAAUCGCUGUAGCAAAAAUGUUGGAACAAAAUUUCUAUAACAAUUGAAAAGGGUCCGUUCUGGAUUUUAAGAAAAUUGAUUAUAAGAAGAAAUUUCCCUAAUUAUCGAUUAAGCUAUCCGUCGACUGCUUUGGCGACGCUGAUUGGUCAGUUGAAUCAGAGAGUACUGUGUAGAGAUUGUAUGGAAACCAGGCGCCAGUGUUAACCUUUUUUUAAAAUAAUUCAAAUGUCAAUGACAUUUUCCUGUUCUUUGUAUUAAUUGUUGUUUUGUUAGUCUUCUUAAUAAUUAAUUGUGUAAAUAAUAAAUGGUGACGAUGUUAACCUAGAGUAGAUUAAUGAUCAAGAGAAUCAGAACUUGGUAGAGUAUUAUUGGUACACAAGCUUUCGUCCACCCAGUCUGAACGAAAGGUGUAAAAGAAUGAAAGUGACAUAGAUUUAGAGUUUAUGAUUUCAAUUCUAGUUGUAUUUAAUUGGUUGGGGUGGGCUGUAACUUGAGAGAAAUAUUCAUUACAGUGGAGGUAGUUAGCAAUGGCUUUGAUUAUACAAGUAACGAAAAGUAUUUAUAUAAUUAAAAAACUCGGGUGCAAAAUGCA